AUGGCAAACGCACAUUCGACUGUACCUUAUCGUCAAAUUCGAGCUCACUUCAACGACACAACGAUAACAGUCUACCAAGCUUACAAGGAAUCCAUCGCCAAAGCUGCAGUGGAGGCCCAAAAGCUCAAUGCCUCCCCAGACUUCAAACCAGGUCGCAUGACUUGGAUAAAACCCAGCUGGGCCUGGAUGAUGUAUCGUUCAGGCUACUCCUUCAAAGACCUUGGACAAUCCCGCAUUCUUGCCCUUCGUAUGAAGCACCAACAUUUCAUCGAUCUUCUUGAAAGAGGCGUUCUAUCAAAUCACGUUCAGAAACCCGAGCCCGGCGAAAAACGUGAAAAGUCGAGUGAUGUGAGAAUUCAGUGGGACCCUGAGAGAACGUCGAAGCUGGAAGUGUUGCCAUAUAGAAGUAUUCAGAUUGGUAUCCCGGGAGCUCUGAGUGAACAGUGGGCGAAUGAGUGGGUUGCAGAGAUCGAGGACGUCACGGAUAAAGCGUGUGAGUUGAAGCGAGUCAUUGAGGAACGCCCUGACGUUACGGACGAAGAGCUCCUUGCGUUGGGGUUGAUAUUUGAGGAGAGGCUUUACACUGUACCAGAGUCGGUGCAGGAGAAGCUUGAGAUGGCCUAA